CUGAGGACGCAUGGCGCAAGAAGGGAUGGAGAAUAAGGAGCUCUCGACAACUAUUCGCGAAACCGAUGUCGAGGACGACGAGCCGACGUUGAUGUAUUAUGAAGAUGCACGAGCUGCCGCAGAUAUUAGCUUUCUGUCAAACACAAGCGAUCCGCUACAGCACUACCUCGUGGACACGCCGGACAACGUCGGCUUGGCCAAAAGACGCGCGGAAAUUACAAGAAAGAUGCAUUACUCCAUGGCUUGGUGCAAGGCUGUAUACCAGAGAUGCGCAUGGACGGUGUGCCAUGACAGUGCUCGAGCAUAUAUGAUGAUGUACGUACUCCCGACUGUCAUGGCCUCAGCCUGGCGAUGAGUAUAUUGACAGGUUCAACGCCGUCCCCUCGGAGAAGAAGCGUCCGCUGCACGACACCAUGGACGCGCUCUACCCAUGGCUGAGCAAGGCUCUCGACAGCUUCGCUACUCCUGAACAGAGAAAGAGGCGCCAGGAAUUUAGCGACAAGUUCUUCGCAUCUUCUGGAAGCUUCCACACUGGGCGACCAAUGAGUAUCGCUGCGCUUGUCGCAAAUUCAUCUGCAUGCAAUAAAGGGAGGCGGGAGCUGGUAAGCUGCGGUGCAGCUUUGGCUGACGCGCAGAAUUGCCCUCUAAGCGUUUUAUCCACCAACUCCAAAGACACAGGUUUCUAUCAGAAAAUGGGCUUCGUCGUGUUGCGUGCAAUAACGCUUGGAGCUGAGAAUCCUGCUUGGAAAGAAUCACCUGUCUCAAUAGACGUUAUGAUUCGAACCAUAAAGCACUCAUAGACGUCAGGCCUUAACACUCAGGGCCGGCCUGUUCAUCUCAUUUAUGUGCAUACGAACAGACAGUUUUCUCUGCUCCAGCGCACUUAAAUAACACAUGGGUCCUACCAUACAUGUCAACACAUCCGCUGCCAUCCCUUAUGGCCAGAGUUGAGUACAUCACCGUUCGUAACCGAUUAUAUAUAUAUAUAAAAGGGUGCUAUCGGAG